AUGGCCAGAACUUUUUUCGUCGGUGGUAACUUCAAGUUGAACGGUAACAAGCAAUCCAUCAAGGAAAUCGUUGAGAGAAUGAACGAGGCUCCUCUAGCCAAGGACGUCGAGGUUGUUCUAUGUCCUCCAGCCCCAUACUUGGACUACGCUACUUCUUUGGUCACCAAGUCCCAGGUCUCCAUUGGUGCCCAAAACGCCUACUUCAAGGCUGCUGGUGCCUUCACCGGUGAGAACUCUGUCGAACAGAUCAAGGACUGUGGUGCUAAGUGGGUCAUCUUGGGUCACUCCGAGAGAAGAACUCUAUUCGGCGAAGACGACAAGUUGAUUGCCGAAAAGACCAAGUUCGCCUUGGAUCAAGGUCUAGGUGUCAUUCUAUGUAUCGGUGAGACUUUGGAAGAGAAAAAGGCCGGUUCCACUCUAAAGGUCGUCGAGACCCAGUUGGACGCCGCCAUUGAGCAGAUCAAGGACUGGACCAACGUCGUCGUCGCUUACGAGCCAGUUUGGGCCAUCGGUACCGGUUUGGCCGCUACUCCAGAGGACGCCCAGGACAUCCACGCUCACAUCAGAGAAUACUUGGCCAAGAAGGUCAGCGCCGAAGUUGCCGAGCAGACCAGAAUCUUGUACGGUGGUUCCGCUAACGGCUCCAACGCUGUCACCUUCAAGGACAAGAAGGAUGUUGACGGUUUCCUAGUCGGUGGUGCUUCUUUGAAGCCAGAAUUCGUCGACAUCUGCAACUCCAGAAACUAA